AUGGGAGUAUGUUAAACAACUAAAAUGAAGGAUGGUCAAUAAAAUAAGAAAAUUGACAUCUCUUAAAAUGCUAGUUAAGUGAUAUUGGAUUAAUAUCCUAUGCCAAAACCUAAAUUAGGUAUAGGAUUGCCAUGCAUGAUUAAAUUCUUUGAUCAAAUUAAAAUCAUUGAAGUAACUGAAUCAAUGGCUUAUAAUUUUAUUGUUAGAUUAGGAGUCAAUUAGCAAAAGUAAGUUUCAAAAGAUUAGGAUUAUUAAUGUGUAUAUUUAUACUCUGAAAAAGCGAAUAUUGAUUUUUUUGAAUGUGGAUUCACACCAAUUGAUGUUAGCAGACCUGAUAAAAUAAUUGAAGAUAAAAAGCAAUAUAAAUUUCUAUUUGACUUUAAAAAUCUCUGGGUGUUUAGAGACUAUGGAGAGGAAGUAGAAUAAGUAUUAAAUAUAUUCAAGGAAAUUAAUGUGAAGGUCAAAUAAAUAUAUCUCUUCACUAAACCUCUGAAUCAUUUUAUUGAUCAUUAUCAAAUGCUUGGCUAAAUAAGCAUCUUAAAUAGUUACUAUCCGUUAUUAUUAUUUGAUUACAAAGAUGUCUCUGAUGCAACCAAAAGAGGAGAUGAUACUUUUAGAAUCUACUUACAUAGCUAAGAAGCUUUUGAAUUACUAAUAUAAUAGAACAAAAUCAGUCUUUAUAAUAGAAACUUAUAAAUUAGAAAUCUUAUCUUCCUUUAUCAAAUUGUAAAUUUUAGUGAAAAAUUAGAAGAAAAUUAAUACAAAGUAGCAUGUUACAAUUUAACAUAAUAACCUUCUGGAUAAAUAAACAAAUAAAAAUUAAUUAAGGAAUUGAUACCAUAAUUGCAAAAUUUAUAAUAAAUGGGUAGCAAUGUUGUUUUAAUCUAUUCGAGUAAAGAACCAUAAGGAAUAAAAACUGCCAGAUUGGCUAUUGAAUAAUAUUUGGCAAGAGGAUUGUUAAUAUAUCCAGAAGACAUCAAAAAAUAUAAUGAAUAAUUAAAAUCACUUUAAAUUACACCUGAAUAAUUAAUCUAAUAACAAAAAUAGCAAGACAAUAAUAAGAUAAAUUAAUAACAAUAAGAAAUAAUACAACUGAGUAGAGAAUAAGAAAUUAUCAACAUCUACGAAAGUUGGUUCAAAAAAAUUAAAUCUCAAAUAUUAUUAUAGAGCUCCCAUAAUCUGUUAUUAAAAUUAAUAACAAACAUUACCGAAUACCCUAAUGAGGAGAAAUUUAGAACUAUUUAAAAAUCAAAUAAGACUAUGAAUCUCAACAUACUAUAAUAUGAAGAAGGAUAAUAGAUUUUAUAAUUAAUUGGAUUUAGGGAGGGUGAAACAGAUUACAAAAACAUAUUUGAAAUAGGUUAAUUAAAAUUGGCAAGAGCUGAUAUUGAAAUUGCUUGGAAAAAACAAUUAGAAAAAUCUUUAAAAUGA